UUUUUUCUUGCUGUGUCAUUUUCUUUCAUUUCCUCUCUCUCUCUCUCUCUCUCUCUCUCCCUCUCUACAUAUCCCAUUAUCAAUGUUUCCAUCAUCAUUGUUACUAACGUCCUGAUAAACACAGAACCCGUUUCAGUUCCAGUGGAAAAUAUUCAAAGAGUACCAAAAAAACAGAAAAAAGAUUCAAUUUAUUUUGGGGGUUUUCAUUUUCUUGGUGAAAUCAUGGAUCUUUGGUCUGUACAUGUGAAAAACACCAAUCUUCUACUAAGAAAUUCAAUUUGUGAGAAACCCUUUGUUUCAAAUUGGAAGGUGUUUGAGAUCAGAGUACCUAAAAGACAUACCUUUUAUUCAUCUUCUGGUUCUGGGUAUCACUCUUUACUUGUUAAAGCUAUGGGCAAGAAGAACUCUGACAACUCCAAUUCUUCGGGGAAGGGCCCAGAAGAAGAUAGCCUAAAAGGGAGCAACCCCUCUUCUGGAAACGAUAGCUCAAAAAAUACUGGUGCACCAAAAUCUCAUCAGAAGCCCUUGGACUGGAGGGAAUUUCGAGCAUCUCUCUACAUUCAGGAGCAGCAGGCGGCAACUGCAGUCUCUGACACUCACAAGCAAGAGGGCACAAGUUUUGGUCCCAAAGCUCUUCCCUUGAAGUGGGCACAUCCGAUUUCAGCACCUGAGAAUGGCUGUGUUCUUGUUGCCACUGAAAAACUCGACGGAGUUCGUACUUUUGAAAGAACGGUCGUUCUCCUCCUCAGAUCUGGAACCAGGCACCCACAAGAGGGUCCAUUUGGUGUAGUCAUAAACCGCCCACUAGGCAAAAAGAUCAAGCACAUGAAACCCACUAAUCUCGACCUGGCAACGACCUUUGCUGAUUGUUCCUUGCACUUUGGCGGGCCCCUUGAAGCAAGUAUGUUUCUUUUAAGAUCAGGCGCUAGUUCAGAGCUACCUAGGUUCGAAGAGGUCAUUCCUGGUGUGUGUUUUGGUGCUCGAAACAGUUUGGAAGAAGCAUCUGCAUUGGUAAACAAAGGGGUGCUUAAGCCACAAGAUUUCAGAUUCUUCGUUGGCUAUGCGGGGUGGCAGCUUGACCAGUUGAGGGAAGAGAUUGAAUCCGGUUAUUGGUACGUUGCCUCAUGCAGUUCAAAUCUAAUUUUUGCAGGUUCACAAACUUCAUCAUCAGAGAGUUUGUGGGGAGAGAUAUUGCAGUUGAUGGGUGGUCAGUAUUCCGAGGUAAGUCGGAAGCCUAAACAAGACAUAUAGCUUCUCAGUGACUGUCAAACUGAGCAUUCAGGUUGAGUCAAAUGUACAUAAUGGUGGCAAAGGUCCUAAUCCAGUAGAGUUCUCUUCUACAUUUCUGCAUCUUUCCUAGACCUUGCUAAUAAGUAAUGAUCUAUGUAUGUAAAGGUAACUCUUUGGAGGAUCUUAGUAUGAUUAAUUUAACGUGGCAUUGCUUCUUAUA